AUGGAGGUCAAUGAGAGGGCGGAAUCCUCUAAUACUGAUGCUGAAUCCGGUGGACACAGCGAACAGCAUGAGUCUAAAUUGGAGCUGUUUGGGUUUGACUCUCUGGUCAAUAUUUUGGGUCUCAAGAGGUACUAGGCGAACUAGUAUUUAUAUUUCCAUCUUUGUUUCAGCUUCGCUGCUCUUUUUUUUCUUUGCCUGUUUCGUAUUCUCUCAUCUAUUAAUUAGGUUAUAGUAGAAAUUAUUGAUGAAGGAAACUAUGCAGUACAAACAAGAUUACCAAUAACUGCGCCAGUUUUUGUCUUCUUGUGUCUUGUCGUCACCAGCAUCAUUUGUUCCAUCGAGGAUUAUCUAUCGGGACCCCUGCCCUUUGCACAUUGUAUAUCACUUUUCUUCAAGAUAAGCCAUUAUUGACAUCAAAAGAGUGUCGAGGCUUGUUAUCAGUCUUCUAAUCAUACUUUGCUUCUUUAGAAAGUCAAUACUGGCCCUGGCUGUUGGUAUUAGGGGUAAGAUGCUUAUUGUCAGAAAUUUUGAAGACAAAUCCCCUGUCCUUGGUGUCGAUCCUCAGAAGACCAUGAACUGGGGAAGUGGAUGGUUUUAGGACUAUUGAAGUACUAAAUGAAUUCUGGGAAGUUUUAUCUGGGAUGUUAGCGAACAGAUGGAAAGGUGUAAUUGGUGUCUUGCAUCAAUAUGAUUUUAUGAAAAAAUGGUCCGAUCUUGACUGUUUUAUGAUAUCCUAUUUCAACUUUGAUAACUAAAAGAGAAAAUAUUCGGUGCUGAAAUUAGAUUUUGGAAAGGGAUAUGAAAGGUUUAGUUUUAUUGGGGACUCUGUCUCUUUUUUUUUUUUGGGUUUUGGUUUCAACAAAGGUGUAUUUCUUGAUUUCUAGUCGUAAAUAAACUGCCAUGUACCUAGUUAAGCUGAAUGAUGAAGUUAGCGAGUCCUCCAAAUGUCUCAGGAGACUCAGGUAGUUCAUAUCUGCCUUUUGCUAGCAGUUAACCAAGAUCCUUGUUUACAAUAGAUGAAAGUAGCCAAAGCGAAUAUUAUUCUGAGUAGGAUAGAGAGAGAAAACGUGCUCAUCUUCAAUUUUCAGAUCAUGUAUAUUUGUAACAAAGGCUUUGAACAUUCAUUUAAUGUUACCAGUAUUGUAAGUGGUCUGAAGAGACACGAAGCAGACCAGCAUAAUGGGUGGUCAAAUAUUCUAUAUUUUCUGUAAAAUGAAAUAUCCCGACCUCUCCAUUGGAUGGAUUUUUAAAAUCAUGAUUGGACGGAGAUUUUGGUAUUUUUGGUCAAAGACAUGGAAGUUACAAUUCUGAGGCUUUAUUAUCAUCAUUUGGGAAAUGGGAGCUUUUUAAAAGGGUGCUUUCAAGUUUACCCACAACUUAUUCCCAUGUAGGAUUCCAUAGCUGUUUAAGGGAAGAAUUGAAGCUAUUAGGGAUUUUUUUCUUGUUCUAGUUUGAUGGUGUCAAGACGAAUUAGGGUGUCUACUUAAUUUAGUGAAAUAGAGUUUGUUUGAAUAAGAUUGAUGGAUUUGAUUUUGCAUGGUGCCCUUAACAGAGUCUUCCUCUCUAAACAGCUCUCAGUACGUGGAGAAAACUCAAUGGUACUGCCUGAGAUUAGAAUUGGUGAUUACUACCACUCCUAUUCUAAAUGGGGCGUUCAUCUUGCCUAAAGGUCUCCUAUUUCACUGAUAUGGAGGCAUAUUGCCAAACAUUGAGAUUGCAUCCGUGCAUUGAACUCGUAGAGGUUGGAGGAGGAAGAUAUGUUCUGUUUUGGAGGGCGGUUUUUGAAUGGUGUUGAAUACCUUUUUCUGGAGUUAUUUUAGUUUCAGCGGAUACAAGUGACGAAAUUUCGAUUACAAGGGGCAGGACUGGUUUCUUCAGUUCGAACUUUGGAGAAAACCGUUUGACUUCUAGUAGUGUUUCUCAUAUCCAGCUUAGGGAAGGGAAAGGUGACGGAAAAAGGAGGUGGAAGGCUAAGAGUUUAUUAUAUUUGAGAUCUUUUUAGGCAUUCUUAGAUUGUAUGUCUUGAUCUUGAUACGAAAAAAAAGAGCUAAGUAGUUGAUUUCUGAUGAAAUUAAUAUUUUGUGAAAGUUUCUGUGAAGAGACUCUCUGUGUAAUCAAAAUAUUUAAUCAAUCAGGGAAAAAUGAAGUCUACAUCUUGCGAGUCGAAGCAGUGAAAUCUUGAUCAUUUGUUUGUUGAGUGUGGAAUAAUUAAGUUAUGAAAUAUUUAUUUUAAGCUCUUUAUUCAAAAUUUAGAGGAUUCACAGUUAUCCACCGAAAUAAUAUCUAUCCUUCGCCUCCAUAGAAGGAUUCCAAUUCCAACAUCUCGUUCAGCUGGACAAAAGAAGCAGAAGCUGAGAAGCAAUUUGUAUGACUAGUGGACACCAUUUAUUUGUCCUGCAAUCGAUGAAGACUAGGUCUAUUGAACACAUUGAGACACUUUGUCAGCAUUCGUUUGGUGAACAGCAUUUAAAGAUAUAAAGGUUUUAGAUAUGGGUGUAUGGAAAUGGUAUGGUUAGGGACAGAGUAUAGUCUUAUAAAUUAUCCUCUUCGAAUUGAUGUUGAUUUUUCCUCCGAAGUGGGAUCUUUGUCAUUAGGUCAUCCCUUUUGGUUGAGCACUGUACAAUUUUUGGCUGUAUCAGAGGCUGACAUAUGUUAUAGAAAUUCUGCCAUCAUUUUAAAAUUGAAUUCUGCUUGUACUACUUGCAAAAACUAUCCUUCGCCUAAUGUGUAUGACUUUAUCUUGAAAAAUUCUCAACAGCUAUAUUUCCUUGUCACGGCGAAAAAGGAUAGUGAAAUUCCAAAGUGUUUUCUUUCCAGUGCUGGUAUCUGAUAGUUUGUCCCUUUUUCAAGACUUCAUCCUCUCUCAGCACUCUUAGCAUGAGCUGCACACCUCUUGAAGAAUAAACUGAUGAUGGUUAAACCAUGAGGACUCUGUCAUGUUAUUCUUUCCUGUCUGUUAACUAUUUUUAAAUUAUAUUCAAUAUGCCAAGUACAUUAUUCUGUACUGAUUUAUGGAUAUUAUUGCAGCAUGACUGGAGAACAAAUAGCAGAACCUUCAAGCCCUAGGGAUGGAGGAGAAAAUAUAUCUAUUACUCUUGGACGACCUAAGGUAUAUUAUUCCAUAUUUGUCUCUGGCAUUCGUUUUGUUUAUUAUAGUUUAGUUAUACCUCGGCUAGCGUACUGACAAAGAUUGGUUUGUUGUAUUUUAUGACUUGUGAUCCAUUUAAUUCGACCUUCAUCUCUCAUCUUGCUACGAUUAUAUAGAUUUUAUUUUAUUCUUUUUAUCCGGUGAUCCCAGUACUUACAGGACGCAAAAGCAAGGGAAAAGUUUGUAGUUAGAUAGUUUAGGAUAUGAACGAGAUCAACCUUUGGAUUUGAAUCGCUUCUACCUUCGUUUUGUGGCGUAUGUUAUGGUGAUAGAUAGCCAGACCUAUCUAAAAAGCUUUUCUAGUGAAUUUACUGGAAACAUAAAUGAUAGGGGGGCAAGGCAAAGCCUAACAAAAAGAAUUCCCCUGCUGUCAUCAAUGCUACAUCUUCUAUGAGUUUUCUUAAUAAAAACCAGUCCUAUUCUUUGUUGUACUUGGUCUGUAUCUGUGUUUUUCUUAUUCUUAAUUUAUUUUCCAAUUUAAUUCUGUACUAGUUUUGGAAUUUUUCAUUAGUUAAGGUUGUUUCCUAGUUGACUCAAUGGGUUACAAGACGUGUGUGCGCCUUGUGGGUGGGGGGGGGGGUGAUGAUCUUGGAAGUGAGCUACUCAGGUAUUAAAGGAUGUACCUUCUUCAAUUUAGUGUGAAAUCCCAAACAACUGUGUCCUUAAAUGUCAAAAAUAACACUUCUUUGAUAUCUGAAGUCUUCAUAAAGUUGCAUAAAAUUAUUGGUGAAUUAAUUUUUUAGCCCGCAUAAGACACGGUUUGUUUUCAGCAUAGUCAUUCUUUGAGGCUUAGCAAUCAAACUUAAAUGAAUGUCUAUAUCAAAUCACAAUUACUGAAAUAAUUCGUAGUAUCAAUUUUGAGAUCAAUUGAUUUUGUUAUUGUCUAAUAUUAUUUCCUCAUAUUUGUGUCUAUUACGAUGGUGGUAUUUUUAAAUACUUUUGGAGCUUGUUUCAAAAUAUUUUACCGCUUUAUCCUUGCAUGAAUUUACAGAAUAACGUAAUGCUUCUUUGUUUCUCAUGGAUAUUUUUAUCCUUAGUUCUUCAUCACUGCUAACGUCAUGGUCCCAUUUGCUUUAAGUGGUUGACAGAGCUCUCACUUUGGCUUUGAUUUCAUGUGCUUUUCUUUUGAUGUAUUAAUAGAUAUCAUCGAUUUGAAAUGUAAUGUCGUUCGUUUAGUGAAAGAAAUUUCUCUUUUUUGCAGCAGACUGGUCCUAAACUGGGAACCAUGAUGGGCGUAUUUGUGCCAUGCUUACAAAAUAUUUUAGGAAUUAUCUACUAUAUCCGCUUCUCUUGGUAAAGUCAACCUUUCUUAUUUCGUUUUCCUGAUUCAAGUUUCCUUUGAAUAAACGGAUUUUCUUGCAUGUUCAUUUUAAGAUUCCACAAUGAACUACUAGGUGACUAGCUGCAGCUCUGCCACAUUUAGAAGAUCAAAUAUAAAUAUUAUUCAUAGAAACACAUGAUUUUUAUUGACUUAUACUUUCUACUUGUUUCAGUAAUAUUUCUUGUGUUCCUUUUUCUUUUCCCAUGAAGUCCUGAACUCAUGGAGGGAUUUUUUUUCAGGAUUGUUGGUAUGGCAGGUAUUGGUGAGUCACUUAUGUUGGUCGCAUUUUGUGGGUUGUGCACUUUCUUAACUGCAAUAUCGUUGAGUGCAAUUGCAACUAAUGGCGCAAUGAAGGUAUAGCUGGUGUAUUUUCAAUCGUGUUAAUUUGGCUUUUUUUUUUUUAUCAAGAUAUAGUUUCGAAGUCUUUAUGCUCGGUAAAUAUGAGUCGUUCUCGAUCAUUUGAUUUUCGCUGAGCUGUAAAAUAGAAAAUGCAGCAAAAUCCUGUUUUUUUUUUUUCUUCUAAUUUUUAUGUUCUUGUCAGUUCAGGACAAAGUACUUUAGAUUCCUUGAUUACUCGGGAAAGUUUAUCAUGAAGGAGGAGAUGUUGAUUCUCUCUCUCAUUCUCUCUGUCGCUCAUACUUGCAUUCAUUUUGUGAAUCACGACCAUGAAGAUAUGUCACUUGAUUCUUGAUGUGAGGCGAUAGAAGUCCAUUCUGAAUAUGUUCCUAGCUGGAAAGAUAACACCCUUUUAUCUAUGCCAUCUCUUUCACAUCUCUGUCACAGCAGACGAAAUUUUCUUUUUCGUUUGAAGAUAUUGAAGGAUGACUUUUUUGUGUUAAUACUAUUGUUGAAAAUUUUAUGGGGAGAAGUACUCUUUUGACCAGACCCGCCUUUUGGUAGGCCUGGUUGCCACCAUGCCAUUCUUCUUUUAAUCAGUGUGUUGGAACCUCCUUGAUCGACUAGUACUAAAACUUCUGGGUCGUUAGGCUAGUGGUAUGGAAGACCUUUCAGUUAAGUACGACUGGGAAUUACAUAUUGCUUACAUUCGUGUUGCAAUUUUUCCUAAUUUUUCACCUUGACUGCCGACUUUACAAUCACUUUUGUAAGGAAUGGAUACUCAAGAGAGAACAAAGAAUUCAACAUUUAUUCUAUCUGCACUGAUGUUUGCCAGAAAUGAGCAGAAAAUGCACUCGAAAUUAGACGCAAUGUUGUCCUUGCAGCAUUCAUACACAAAUUACCAGGAAGUACAACUAAAUUCAACGUAAUGGAAUGUCAACCAUUUCGUUCGUAUUUUCUCUUAAACAUUAUUUCUAUACUACUCAUUUCCUAUUAUUUUUUAUGGGGUCUGUAAAUUGGAGAAUAUGUAUAUGAUUCUUCCAAUGCGCUAUUGUUUUUUACAAAUUUAAUUGACCUCUGUCUAUCUUCUGGCUGAAACAUUGAUGUGAUGUUAUACUUGGUACCUGAAGCUAAAUAUUUCUUAUGAGAUAAAUUACUAUAUACUUUAGGUUGGAUUAUUCGGCUACAUGGAAAAGUUGAUUAUCUUUUUAAAAAACACGAACUACAUUCUGUCUAAAUAUGCUAUGUAAAUAAAUUUUUGGGACGAUUCUUAUAAAAAUUAGUACUUAUGUGUCAAGUGCCAAAUUUUGGCCUUUCUUCUUCUGAUUUCUGUGUACGUUGGUAACAGCUGAAGCAUUAGUAAGGCUUCAUGAGACGUUGAAACGUAGACUUUCAUGGGUUAACUUGGUAAAAGUUGAGUCUUUGUGAGAGUUUUCAUAGAUAUGAAAUUUGCUAAUCUUAGAUCAAUGGACUGUACCGUGCGUGAUAUUUCUUAGGUGAUUAUGGGUUUAGGAAGGAUGAGAGAGUCAUUACCAUGUCUCGUGUACAUUUUCAGCUAAGUAAUAAAGUAAUUUGGAAAAAAAAAUUAUGAUUAUUUCUUUAUUAGGAAAAUAACAGCAGAACAUCUUGGAUGGUCUGACAUUCCUCUGACCCAGGAUUCAUAGUACACUAUGUAAAAGCAGCUAUAACAAGCAACUCUUUCUCUCUAUAAAAUAUCUAAAUAACUCUCGAGAACACACACACACAGAUAUGUAUAUAUAUAUAUAUAUAUAUAUUAUAUAUAUAUAUAUACUAUGUUGCAGCCUUCCUUGUGCCUUCCGAGGGGAAGGAGGUUUGAAAUUUUUUGAGGAUGUCAUUUUGGAAAACCACCCAUUUGAGUGUUGUUAACCAUUAUGUAGUUCUAAUGAGCAAUUGUGGUUACAGAGGCAGUGAUCUGGCUUCCAAUAUUUAUCUACUUGUGUGAUUUACCAUCCAUUGUUAGUGGAAUGAUCCUCUGUCUUUCUGUUGAUGUUAAGGUUUUAUUAUCUGUCACUUAAGUGAUGACCUUUUUAGAUCACUUUUGUACUAAGAUUAUCUGUCUAUGAGAUGUUGAUGAUAUUGUUACUCUUUUGACAAGGGUGGUGGACCCUAUUAUCUCAUUGGCCGAGCACUUGGUCCAGAAGUUGGAGUUAGUAUUGGGUUAUGCUUUUUUCUCGGAAAUGCUGUUGCAGGAUCCAUGUAAGGUGGCAUUUUUCAAUAUUUUCUUUAUAUCGGUGUUGACACUUCGAUUUGUUAUCGACUCCACUAUCUUAUGAAGAUUCUACUAUCAAGUAAGAUUAAUUGGACAGUCUAAUUAGGAGGGCCCUUGCUAAACAUGGCUUAUCCUUGUAUUGAAUUUAAUGGUGGGAUUUUCUGAGAUUAAACUGUGUCUGAACACGUCGGCUAUCCCAGUUAUUUGUUUGAUCCCAAAUUUAAAAUACUUGGUCAUACUGGAUAAAAUACUGCCCAAAGUGGCAACAGGUGAGGAAGAGAGGAAUUGGAGCAAUGAGGACAGCGUUUUCGCAAGAAAACCUAGCUGCUUGAACUAUCUGUGGAAUUUGAGACAUUAGUAUACUUAAAGUCUCAAAGUCAGCAUUUUAUUCAAAGAAAAAAAUACCUUUUAUUUUUAUAUUUAAAUGCAAUACCCCUUGGAUAGGAAUUCUUCUUUGAAUAAACUAGUGGCAUUGAUACCAAGAAGGUUUGAGAAGUGCGCUACUGAAGAAUCAUUGUCUGAAUUAUUUCUUUUUGCAGAUAAUUUUCGAUGAUUUCGUCUAUUGUACACUUGAGCAAAAUAAUGAUAUGAACCCAAGAAUGGAUGGUAUUAUGUGUCAAUUUAUUAAUAAUGCUAGAUCUCAGAAACAUUUCAUUCAGGAUCUCUUUGAACGUGAGUUUAUAAUUCACGCUGCCACAAAAGAUCACAGAAUGUUUAAAAACGUUUAUAGCUAAAAUAAAUUUUAAAUAUCUGUUUGUUGACUAUUGUUUUGAUUUAAUGUUUGAUGAGGAAGCCUUCCCUGCAGACACAAUGGACUCAUCGUGAUUCACAGUUCGUGAAGAUUAAUAUUCUGUCUUUAUCAGUUCAGGAAUAUUUGAGUGCAUAUUCAGUACCUCGUUUCUUGAUAAUUCUUUCUGAACUUCCCGUAGGUACGUCCUAGGAGCUGUGGAAACCUUCUUAGAUGCUGUACCAGGAGCUGGAAUUUUUAAAGGUGACAUUAUGAAAAUCAUUUUACAUUUGAUCUGAUAUUUUUCCUAUCUUUCCAGUAAGAAAUUUUUGCAAGCCCCUUACCUCAUCACACAACUCUUGAACUGGUUUUGAUAGUUUCUCAGGAAUUUUCCAAGAUAUUUGACUGAAAAUGCUGGCAGGCAUAUACAUCUUUUUUGUCCCUGUUAUCUUUUGACUUUGUAAUUCUUGAUCCCAAUGGCUGAUAUAGAAGAGGAUAUCAACUUAUUCAUUUAGCGUCGUAGGAUCCAUAUCUUUUCAGACAGACUCUAUAAUUAGGCAUCAGCCCCAUGGCAACUCCAUUUAGGGUAAAUCCCAAAUGGCUUCACAAUAUCAUGCUGCUUAGAGGCGACUCUGCCCUGUUGAUGUUAUUGCCUCUUGGAAGCUUCAGGACAUUCCCAGUGUUUGGCAAAAUCCCAAUCUGCUCUAUGUGGAAUAAAACUUAUUCAAUCAUUUAUGCUUCCCAACAAUCAAGCCCUCGCUUGUGUGGUCUAUGUAGCUUUGUCAACUUUUCAUAAAAAUGUGAAUACUUACGUUUUGCUCGAAACUUGAAUCAUACACUUCGAAAGUAAACGAUUGUACUGUCUCUGUACUUAUUUACCAUAUGCCUGUCGUUGUGAAAGAUUUUUAUUAUGUUUUAAAUGCAUUCCUCUUCUCAUGUUGCAGCUAGCGCAACAAUCACAAAUAGCUCAUCGUUGAAUGGCACAACAACAACUGUUUACUCCCCGAACUCACAUGACCUGCAACUUUAUGGGAUUGUUGUGACAAUACUCUUGUGUUUUAUUGUAUUUGGAGGCGUGAAAAUGAUCAACAAGGUUGCUCCUGCUUUCUUGAUUCCUGUCUUAUUUUCACUGUUCUGCAUAUUUAUCGGGAUUUUUGUUGCUCCGAGGAAAAAUGCUUCAAGUAAGUGUCUCAAAACUGUCUUCUCACCAAAUAAAUUUCUUCCCCAGACAUUUUAUAUUGGGAUUUGUGUUAGUGCUAGUUGAGGCAGUUGUAGCAUUUGCUAAAUAUUGACUAACCAGUUUUAUCUUUCUGCAUAAAUUUCUAAAAUCAAGGUGGAAUCACGGGCUUAAGUUUGCAUACAUUCAGUGACAACUGGGGUUCUGCUUAUCAGCGGACCAACAAUGCUGGCAUACCUGAUCCAGAUGGAUCUAUAUAUUGGAAUUUUAAGUAAGUUUCUUUCUUUGCUUUCAUUAAUUUAAAUUUCCUGCAUUUUUGCCUGUAGCUAUUCACAGUAAUUAUUAAUUUGCAUUCUAUGUACAUGGUCCAAGGACUCAUGAUUAUUUCAUUGUCGGGAGUACAUGUUUGGCCAUGGGAUGAAGUGGUUGGGAACAUUUGAGUUUGGGAGACAUGUUCGAGUUCGAAUGAUUUUAUUUUCCUUUGUUGAUGACCAUUUGGAAACGAUAUUCUAUUUUUUAAGAGCAUGCGUUGGAUUUUUUGAUGUUUGUUGGAAACGUGAAUUCCCUGAAAUUUCUAUUCAAGGAACUUGUUUUAUCAAUGUUUGUUUUGAUUCUAGCAUCUAUUUAGAAACUCAAAUGUUUUUGGCUUCGUAGCAUAAUACCUGCCAAUCUAAAGCAAGGGGACUAGGGUUCAGAUGAUUCUGGGAUUUCACUUUCUCUGGGAGCUUGAACUGUUCAAAAUCUUUAGCCUGGCAAACAACUGUGAUGUUUGUUGGAAAAUGAUAUAAUGAUAAAGGAAGUUUGAAGAUGACUCAGGCAUUCAAUUGAUACUGUUAUAAUUUCUUUUAGUAAUCAAAUUAUGCUGAUGACUUAUGUUUAAAUCUGUUCAACCAGUUCUUCAGGCUUCUGUUUGUGACAGGCUUACAUUGAAACAACGAAUUAUGCGAAUUGCUCCAUAAAGUAGAUAUUGAGCAAGCUUGGUAAAAGAUCAAUCGUAUCUACACUGUUAUAAUUUUGUGUACCGAUGUUGAGCAAUAUUGUUUUGCUUUUGUCAUGGAGAAUUGCAUCAGACCUCGCUAUCCUCAUACCUAAAGAGGAUUCACUUUAGUUGGAUUUGGUUUUUCUGGUGCACUUCUUCGCAUGGUGUAUGUUUUUUUUUCUAGAAGCCGUGUGGAAUGGAGUGGAAAUUUCUGAAUCAGUCGGCUGUUUAGGAGUUUUUGAGUGCCAGUCCUGGGAAUUACUGCUGAAGAGUAGACCGGUGUUUCUAGUGCUUUCGGGCUGUCGUCUCUCCCGUGUCCGUCUCACUUGCUUGUUAUUUUUGGGUACUCAAGAUACAGAACCUUUAUCUGUAACACCCAUAUCAGUACAUUUUUAGCACAUGCAAGUUAGGCGCUUGCAAUAUACUUGCAUUCUGUCGCUAUAAGUUUUUUUAUGGGAGCAUUGACUGGUGACGUUUCUACUUUCUUACGAUGAUCUAAACUGGUCAUGAAAAUUAUUUAUACUGUUGGGUUAUCAGAACUGAAUCAGCCUUGCGUAUCAUCAGACCAGAUAGUUUUUUGAUCCAUUAAUGUGAAGCAGAUAUUUUAUAUCAGUGCUUACUCGUAAAAUCUACUUACUAUGUUGUGUUCAUAACAAUCAUCUUAUGUACUUUUCGCAGUGCAUUGGUAGGUCUUUUCUUCCCUGCUGUCACUGGAAUUAUGGCUGGUUCAAAUCGGUCAGCUUCACUUAAGGACACUCAGCGUUCUAUCCCCAUAGGCACAUUGGCUGCAACUCUUACUACAUCCUUCAUGUACCUCAUAUCUGUAUUGCUCUUUGGGGCAUUAGCGACCAGAGAGGAGCUAUUGACAAGCAGGUAUCCAUCUUUUAUUGCUUUAUUUAGCAUCCACUUGUUAUCAGGGAGCCUGGUUGUUUAUAUGCUUGAAGUUUGUAACGUCAUCUUAUCCAACAUCGGAUCCGGGUCUUUGGAAAAAUGUGGAUUUCUCUGAUAAUUUUUUAAAUUGAAGAUCAUUUGUGAUAUUCCCAAUUAGGUCAUGAGAUGACCGAGGAAAGUUUAUCUCCUCAUCAUUAAUCGAGUUUUAUUGUGAAAGAUCCACUUUUCUGACAGUUAUUCAGAUAUUUCAUUCCAAGUUUUAGCUGCUUAAUUAAUCGAUUUUAGUCAUUGACAUGUAGGCUACUCACAGCUGAGGUAGCUUGGCCUAUUCCUGCAAUUAUUUAUGUCGGGAUCAUUCUAUCUACUUUGGGCGCUGCUCUCCAGAGUUUGACGGGUGCCCCACGGUUGCUUGCUGCAAUUUCAAAUGAUGACAUUCUUCCUGUCUUGAAGUAUUUUAAGGUUACUGAAGGGAGUGAACCUCAUCUGGCAACUCUCUUUACAGCCUUCAUUUGCGUUGGUUGUGUUGUAAUCGGGAAUCUCGAUCUGAUCACCCCAACUAUAACUAUGUUUUUCCUUUUGUGUUAUGCUGGUGUGAAUUUAUCUUGUUUUCUUCUGGACCUUCUUGAUGCUCCAAGUUGGCGUCCUCGAUGGAAGUUCCACCACUGGAGUCUCUCUCUACUCGGUGCAUCCAUGUGUAUUGGUAUAACGUUUUACUUAUUCAUUUUAAUUGCUUUCAUGCACAAACCCUCUUGGAACUAUAUCUCAAUUUAAUGGUUUUCAUGCACGAUCAUGUGCAUAGUUUACUGUACAUGAUUUCUCAGCCGUUUGAUAAUUGGAUGUUACACAGAGUUUACUGCUUCAUAUGCUGAUAAAUCAUGUGCAUAGAGUUUACUAUCUAUUAUAUAGACGAUGAAAAAAAUAUCCUAAUGCUCAUGUUCGCUGAUUUCUCCCCGAGAAAUGUGUUGUUUAACUAACUGGAAAUCUUUUUGGAUGUGUCAAAUUGACAACUGGAGCCUCAAAACAAAAGAGAAGAGUAUCUCUAUGCUUGGCUCAGAUGGUUUCUUCCAACUGUACAGUGUUAGCCUGAGCAAUGGUCUCAAUUCUGCUAACCUAUGGGUUCACCAUCUCCGUCUUCUUUUACUCCCCAUACUUCCUGACAUUGGAUGACCAAAAUAGAGAUUUCUUUUCGGCAAAGUGCAUUUGUUUGCUGCUGAUUCUUUGGUAUAUUUCUUUUUCCGUGAAUUUUUAUCUUCAAUUAGCUCAUAAAUUAAGAAAUUACAUUUUUUUUAGCUCAUUAGAGGGAACACAAUUACACAAUGGGCUCCAGCUCUACAGGUUGGGGAACUUGUAGAAAAUGGUCUGUCUGUCUCUCUUCUAAAUUAUUACACUUAGCACACGUGUGGGGACUGUUACAGUUUUACUUCCUAGAUAAGCAUCUAACAAGUAAACUAUAAUAUGUGCUAGAACAUAGGAGGCCACUAGGUAUCCCAUUUCCAUUAAAAACUACUGGCGCCAUUGACAGCAAACUUUAAUUACGAUUAAUACCUAAACCUAGUUUCUUCAACUCUUAGAUAGUAUCUUGUGAGAAAGAGGUGCAAGCUUUGAUGUUGCAUUGUUGAAUUUUUCUUUUGUCUGUGCUCUGAUGAAUGCUCUUUUGCUUUGCAGUUAUAAUGUUCUUGAUUUCUUGGUUAUUCACUGUCAUAUCAUUAGCUCUCGCUAGUCUCAUAUAUUACUACGUGAGCAUAAAAGGAAAGGCUGGGGAUUGGGGUGAUGGAUUUAAGAGUGCAUAUUUCCAAUUGGCAUUGCGAAGUCUUCGAUCAUUAGGAGGUAUGGACUAUGUAUUCUUAAUUUAACUUUGCAUCAUUUUUCUGAACUGCAGAAACCGCUCUGGAAUUUUCGUGGAUUUGUCAUAUUUAGGUUCACCAUUUUCCUGAGAGUAGUUUCUUUUCAGUUAUAAUAUCAGCUCAGGUUGUCUCUCAAGAAGUGGAUACCAGAAAUUUGAUUGUUUUUUAUGUAUGUUAGGUGCCGGUCGUGUGUUUCUUCUUUUAGGAUUGAAUUGAUUUUGGCUCUUUGUGCCGAACCUUGAGGUGCUGACCAACUUUCUAUAGUCUCCUUUCGAAGACAAUAUUAUGUGAAUAAAUAUUGGCGAGGCACCAAUUUACAGAGUGUUCAAGUUGCACAUUCUUAGAUGCAUCCGAAUCACAUGCAUAUUUCACCUGGUUUAGGAACAUUUUUCUUCCCUCUUGUAAAGUUUCUUUUCCUCACUUUUUUCAGCCAAUCAAGUCCAUCCGAAAAACUGGUAUCCAAUCCCCCUUAUAUUCUGUCGUCCGUGGGGAAAGUUGCCUGAGAAUGUUCCCUGCCAUCCAAAGCUUGCUGACUUUGCCAACUGUAUGAAGAAAAAGGGCAGAGGGAUGACCAUAUUUGCGUCGAUCAUUGACGGAGACUACUAUGAGCAAGCUGAGGAUGCUAAACUGGCUUGCCAUCAGCUCAGCACAUACAUCGAUUACAAGCGUUGUGAAGGUGUAGCUGAGAUAGUUGUAGCACCCACCAUGUCUGAUGGCUUCCGAGGUAUUGUCCAAACCAUGGGCCUUGGAAACCUGAAGCCAAACAUCGUUGUUAUGAGGUAUCCAGAGAUAUGGCGUCGUGAGAACCUUAUCCAGAUUCCAUCCACCUUCGUUAGCAUUAUAAAUGACUGCAUCGUUGCCAAUAAAGCUGUCGUCAUUGUGAAGGGCCUUGAUGAGUGGCCUGGUGAGUACCAAAAGCAAUAUGGCACAAUCGACCUCUACUGGAUUGUGAGGGACGGGGGACUCAUGCUACUCUUGUCCCAGCUGCUGCUCACAAAAGAGAGUUUUGAGAGCUGUAAGAUCCAAGUUUUCUGCAUUGCUGAGGAGGAUACAGAGGCCGAGGAGCUAAAAGCUGAUGUGAAGAAAUUCCUCUACGACCUUCGCAUGCAAGCGGAAGUCAUUGUUGUGACAAUGAAGUCAUGGGAGGCUCAUGUCGAUGGGGCACCUCAGCAAGAUGACUCGAUGGAGGCAUUUACAAGCGCACAGCGGCGGAUUGCCGCCUAUCUUGCUGACAUGAAAGAGACAUCUCAGAGAGAGGGUAAGCCUUUAAUGGCGGAUGGAAAAUCGGUGGUCGUAAAUGAGCAGCAGGUGGACAAAUUCCUCUACACGACGUUGAAAUUAAACUCGACAAUUCUGCGGUACUCGCGCAUGGCUGCAGUGGUUCUUGUGAGCCUCCCUCCGCCACCUGUGCAUCAUCCUGCAUAUUUUUAUAUGGAGUACAUGGAUCUACUGGUUGAGAAUGUGCCGAGGCUGUUGAUGGUGAGAGGAUAUCGUAGAGAUGUGGUCACCCUCUUCACUUAG